GGUCAGUACAGUACUCAGUACUACGGAGUGAACUGAACUACGGACUUACGGUACAUUACAUCAGACGUUCACUUCAUUGUACCAAACAUUUAUUGUCUAAUUUUUUUUAGUUUUAGACAAGUUAAUAAUAGUUUUCAAAUAUUUAGAGUGUAAUAGGUCAAGUUAUUCAUUCAACAUGAGUGUUAUAGAACUAAAAAGGAAGGAGGAAUUUGACAACUUCAAGACAGAUCAAUUGGUAGUUGUUCACUUUUUUGCUGACUGGGCGGAGCAAUGUCAACAUAUGAAUGUGGUCUUAGAGGAGUUGGCUGCACAAAAAAAUUUGCAGGAUGUGAAAUUUGUGAAAUGCCAGGCUGAAGAGAUUCCAGAAGUGUGCGUCAAGUAUUCGGUGUCAGCAGUGCCAACUUUUGUCCUACUGCGAUCUGGUAAACUUGUUGAUAGGAUAGAUGGCGCUAAUCCAACCGAAUUAUCAAAGAAAGUCAACAUUCAUGCAUCUAAGACUCCCGUUGCUGAACCAACAGCCGUGCCUGCUGUGGACAUCAAUUCAAGACUGAAGUCUCUCAUAGAAUCGGCUCCAGUCAUGCUAUUUAUGAAAGGUUCUCCCAAUGAACCUCGAUGUGGAUUCAGUCGACAAAUGAUCGAGAUUCUCGAGUCGAACAACACUGAGUAUAAAACCUUCGAUAUUCUUGCCGAUAAUGAUGUUAGGGAAGGUCUAAAGAAGUACUCCAACUGGCCCACCUAUCCUCAGUUAUAUGUGAAUGGAGAAUUAGUUGGAGGAAUUGAUAUAGUGAAAGAAAUGGUCCAAAGUGAUGAACUGAAAUCUCUUCUUCCCAAGAAACAAAAUUUAGACGAGAGACUAAAAUUGUUAAUCAAUAGAUCGAAUGUCAUGGUUUUCAUGAAAGGCAACCCCACAACUCCAAGAUGUGGCUUUAGCCGCCAGUUGAUGGAAAUUCUUAAUGAAACUGGAGUCGAGUUUGGAACAUUUGAUAUUCUAGAAGACGAAGACAUACGCCAAGGUUUGAAGACAUUUUCUGACUGGCCAACAUACCCUCAAAUAUAUUUAUAUGUGAAUGGAGAAUUAGUUGGAGGAAUUGAUAUAGUGAAAGAAAUGGUCCAAAGUGAUGAACUGAAAUCUCUUCUUCCCAAGAAACAAAAUUUAGACGAGAGACUAAAAUUGUUAAUCAAUAGAUCGAAUGUCAUGGUUUUCAUGAAAGGCAACCCCACAACUCCAAGAUGUGGCUUUAGCCGCCAGUUGAUGGAAAUUCUUAAUGAAACUGGAGUCGAGUUUGGAACAUUUGAUAUUCUAGAAGACGAAGACAUACGCCAAGGUUUGAAGACAUUUUCUGACUGGCCAACAUACCCUCAAAUAUAUGUGAAAGGUGAAUUGAUUGGGGGAUUGGAUAUCAUAAAAGAACUGAAGGAAUCUGGAGAGCUUCUCAGCAGCUUGAAGUGAACGAAGUUUCAUCCAAAUGUACAUGCAGAAUAUUAAUUUGAUCAAAAUGAGUAGAAGUUGAUCAACCUUAUCUGUAAUUAUUACUAUCACUACAAAAAAAUUCGUACUCGAGAAGAGUCUGACCAUCUUCUUUUAUGUUAUUAAUCUGUUUAAAUAAAAACUUCUUUUCAAGUUUUUUGUUCCAGUCUACAAA